UCCCUGACGCUGUGUGGCUGGAAUUAUUGGGACAAGAAUUCCCACUUCGCAGCAGGCGCGAAGGGGGUGGCCCCUGGCCGGGCUGGGAUGCGGGGCCUGUGAGGCGUCAGAGCCGAAAGGCCAGCCAUGUCGUGGGACGGAGGGGCAGGGCUUGAGUCUGGGGCCAGCUGCGCUUCGCCUGCCCCAGCCAUCCCCAGAAGCCUGUUGCUGACCCGCACCCCAAGCCUGGCCUGGGGACCCUCUUCUUUGCCUUUCAGGCCACGUAGAGGCACCACCUGUUCCCGUCUGGGGGAACCCUCCUCUGGCCUCCGCAGCCCAAGCCUCUGUGCCCCUCAGGCCAAGGGGGCAGCCGGCGCGGCCGAGGCCCUGGGCUGGGAGACAGGGACCUUUGGCCCGGUCUGUGCCGCUUCUCUUCUGUUUCUCGGGUCGGUGUGACCUGGGCCGUCCCUGCCCUUCCCCGCCCCUGCGUCCUCACCUUCACCUCAGUACAGAGCUAGGUGCUGGCCCUCGGCUUCCCCCUGAGUCCCCAGCCCGGGCCCCGCGUGGCUCCGCAGCCGACAGUGCCUCAUUCGUGCAAGCGAGUCUGGCCUCCUUUCCCGGGCCCAGGAAAAGCGCGGCUCUCCAGCACAGGACCCUCCGAGCCGGCCUCGCCCGCCCACCUCCACGCCAGGUCUCCUGCCUCCACGGCCGGGGGAUCCCCUUGCUGAGUGGGUGGGAACGGGAAGGUGGGCCAUAGCCGCGGGGCGCCCGGGCUGAGAGCCGGGAGCGGGGGAGCGGCGCCGCUGACUCAGCCGCGCCCGCGUCUCUCACCUGCGCGGGCCGGACGGCGGAAGCUUGGGAGCAGAGGCGAAACCCGUCCGCCCGUGGGCGUGGCCGGUGGUAAGCGGGGCGGGCCCGCCCGGCCUCCCGCCCCUCGUCCCGCCCCGGGGCCCCUACCCCGCGGUCCCGCGGCCUCGCCCGCCUUCGCCUCCGGCUCCCCGCACUCUCUGGGUCCACGCGUCGUCCUCCCGCGCGCCCGCCCGCCCAUGGCCGUGAAGGUGCGGUCACUGCUGCCGCCGCUGCUGCUGGCUGCCGCGGGCCUCGCCGGGCUCCUACUGCUGUGCGUCCCCACCCGCGACGUCCGGGAGCCGCCCGCCUUCAAGUACGGCAUCGUCCUGGACGCUGGCUCUUCACACACGUCCAUGUUUAUCUACAAGUGGCCGGCAGACAAGGAGAACGACACAGGCAUUGUGGGCCAGCACAGCUCCUGUGACGUUCCAGGUGGGGGCAUCUCCAGCUACGCAGACAACCCUUCUGGGGCCGGCCAGAGUCUUGUUGGAUGCCUUGAACAGGCACUUCGGGAUGUGCCCAAAGACAGACAUGCGGGCACGCCCCUCUACCUGGGAGCCACAGCGGGUAUGCGCCUGCUCAACCUGACCAAUCCAGAGGCCUCGACCAGUGUGCUCACGGCAGUGACACGCACACUGACCCAGUACCCCUUUGACUUCCGGGGUGCACGCAUCCUCUCGGGCCAGGAAGAGGGGGUAUUUGGCUGGGUGACUGCCAACUACCUGCUGGAGAACUUCAUCAAGUACAGCUGGGUGGGCCGGUGGUUCCGGCCAUGGAAGGGGACGCUGGGGGCCAUGGACCUGGGGGGUGCCUCCACCCAGAUCACCUUUGAGACGACCAGUCCAGCUGAGGACAGAGCCAGCGAGGUCCAGCUGCGUCUCUACGGCCAGCACUACCGAGUCUACACCCACAGCUUCCUCUGCUAUGGCCGUGACCAGGUCCUCCAGAGGCUGCUGGCCAGCGCCCUCCAGACCCACGGCUUCCACCCCUGCUGGCCGAGGGGCUUUUCCACCCAAGUGCUGCUCGGGGAUGUGUACCAGUCGCCAUGCACCGUGGCCCAGCGGCCCCAGACCUUCAACAGCAGUGCCAGGGUCAGCCUGUCGGGAAGCAGUGACCCCCACCUCUGCCGAGAUCUGGUUUCUGGGCUCUUCAGCUUCUCCUCCUGCCCCUUCUCCCGAUGCUCUUUCAAUGGGGUCUUCCAGCCCCCGGUGGCUGGGAACUUUGUCGCCUUCUCUGCCUUCUUCUACACGGUGGACUUCCUGCGGACUUUGAUGGGGCUGCCCGUGGCCACCCUGCAGCAGCUGGAGGCAGCCGCGGUGAAUGUCUGCAACCAGACCUGGGCGCAGCUGCAAGCUCGGGUGCCAGGGCAACGGGCCCGCCUGGCCGACUACUGCGCCGGGGCCAUGUUCGUGCAGCAGCUGCUGAGUCGCGGCUACGGCUUCGACGAGCGCGCCUUCGGCGGCGUAAUCUUCCAGAAGAAGGCCGCGGACACUGCAGUGGGCUGGGCGCUCGGCUACAUGCUGAACCUGACCAACCUGAUCCCCGCCGACCCGCCGGGGCUGCGCAAGGGCACAGACUUCAGCUCCUGGGUCGUCCUCCUGCUGCUCUUCGCCUCCGCGCUCCUGGCUGCGCUUGUCCUGCUGCUGCGUCAGGUGCACUCCGCCAAGCUCCCGAGCACCAUUUAGGGGCCGGCGGGGGCAGCUGCCCCAUCCCUUCCCCCACCCCUGUAUCCCCACCCCGUACUCCCACCCCUCCUCCAACCCCUGUACCCCCCACCCCUGUAUCCCCACCCCUCCACCCACCCUCACCCCUCUCCCACCCCUGUACCUACCUCUCUCCCCACCCCUGUAUCCUGCAUUCCUCCACCUGCCCUCCGUCCACCACCCCUCCACCCCACCACUGUAUUCUCCAUCCUUCCACCCCAUCCUCAGCGUCUCUGCCCCUAAGGCAGCCCAGGAAAUGGGAACUGAGACUCCGGUACCCACAGAGGCCUGGGUGGGCAAAGAGCGCUCAAUCCAGCUCCUUGAACCCGUCCAGCCCGCUUCAGCCUGGGCAUCAUUGCAGGCCCCGUGCUCCUUCUCCUCCUCCUCAGGGCUGGGUCUCCAGAGAGUGGGGCCUUGGUUCUGAGAAUCAGCCCUUAGAGGCUCCUUCUGUGGAGUUUGGGUCUGUACUGGGGAGGGUCACAGCCCACGGGCUGGCAGCCAGCCCAGCACCUACUUGUAAAAAUUUUGUAAUAAAAAGUUUUUCCUAUAGAUGUGAAA